AUGACAACAUGGAUUCUACUCUUAGCUCUCCUAUCGGCGUUUUUUGCAAUUUGCAUAACAAUUCUGCUGAUUGUUUAUGGAAUAAAAAGAACUUUACGACUUCUGCGAACAAGUUUGCGAGACAUUAGGGGAUUGUAUGUGGUGAUUCGUCUUCGCUUACGAUGUCUUUUUGCCUUUCGAAGAGAUGAACCGAUUCAUAGAAUAUUUGAGAAAAAUGUUAAGAAGCAUCCAAAUAAGGUUGCUAUACAUGACAUAGCCAUUGAUCGAUCCUUCACUUUCAAAGAACUCGAUGAACUAAGCAAUCAGUACGCGAAUUUCUUUUUAAAAGAGGGUCUUCAAGAAGAUGACGUCAUAGCAAUUGUAAUGGAGAAUUCGAUACAUUUCAUAGCGAUAUGGUUAGGAUGCUCUAAGAUUGGAGUCAUCUCUUCAUGGAUCAACACCAACUUACGAGGCAGUUGUUUGGAGCAUACUUUGAAAACUUCCAAUUCAAAGGCUGUUUUCUGUAGUUCAACCUUAUGGUCAAACGUUCAAGAAGUUCAGGAUCUCCUUACGAUUGAGACUAACAGAUACUUUAUUGUCUCCAAUUCACAAAAUAAUGGAUUGAUAACAAUCGAUAAAGAGGUACAGGCUUCAUCUUGUCGGCCGCCUACUCGUGAAAGUUGCAAAACGUUCAAAGAUCCUUUAUGCUAUAUCUACACUUCUGGAACGACAGGAAUGCCCAAAGCCGCUGUAAUAAAGCAUUUUCGAUUUUUCUAUAUGGCUUCUGGCGGUCUCUUCGCGUUUGGAAUUUCCCCCACUAAAGAUCGUGUUUACAUUUGUCUUCCUAUGUAUCAUUCUUCAGCUGGCGUUCUAGGAAUUGGUCAAACAAUUGUCAACGGGACGACCUGCGUAAUACGAUCACGUUUCUCGGCCACAAAUUUUUGGAAAGAUUGCUAUCUGAACGAUUGCACAGUUGCCAUAUACAUAGGCGAAUUGUUGAGAUACUUGUUGGUCCGUGAACCAGACGAAUUUGAAAACAAGCACAAACUCUCGCGGUUCGUUGGCAAUGGAUUGAGACCUGCAAUAUGGAGGAAAUUCCAAGAUCGUUUCGCUAUCAAACGCAUAGUUGAAUUCUAUGGAUCGACAGAAGGAACUUCGAAUCUAGUGAACAUUGAUGGAAAAGAGGGAGCUUGCGGGUUCAUGACUAUUCUGGGAUUAUUGAGACCGUUGUAUCCCAUACGCUUGUUCAAAGUAGAUGAGGGAAGCGGGGAACUUAUGAAGGAUUCUAAUGGUUACUUGAUUCCCAUAGAACCAGGUGAAGUAGGAGCUAUGGCAUGUUCUAUCCGCAAGAACAAUCCUAUUCUUCAUUUUGAAGGAUAUGUGAAUAGGGAAGAAACAGAGAAAAAGAUAAUACGCGAGCCAUUAAAAGGAGCUGACCCUGUUUUUAUUUCUGGUGAUUUACUGUAUUGGGAUGAAUACGGUUAUACAUACUUUCGUGAUCGGAUGGGGGAUACCUUCAGAUGGAAAGGUGAAAAUGUUUCCACAACUGAAAUCGAAGCAGUAUUAAUCGGCAUGAGAGAGAUUCAAGAGUGCACUGUUUAUGGAGUGGAAAUUCCAGGUUGUGAAGGAAAAGCAGGCAUGGCGGCUAUCGCUUUACAACCAGAGUACAAACCUCCCGAAAUUAUUAAAAAAAUUGAAGCUUUGGUAAGUACGUUACCAUCCUAUGCAAAGCCCCUGUUCAUACGAUUCGUACCAUUCAUACAAACAACCGGAACGUUCAAAAUGAAAAAAAUGGAUUUGCAAAGAGAAGGCUACGUUUUCCCUGAUCUUCAAGAUUCAACAUUGUACCUUUUCGACCAGAAGCUCAACAUCUACAUCAUUUUCACUGAAAUUAUGAGGCAGAAAAUAAUGAAUGAACAUUGA